AGGAGAAGAAGAAGGUGAGAACCCUAGCAGAUGCUCAACUGUCCUCACAUUCGACAUGUCUAUCCGAGAAUUGGUGGCGAGGUCGUUCUCCGGACGCGAUACAAUACUGAGAACCGUUAGCAAAUCCCUGCGUGAACAAAGCCGAUUCCAGCUACCAGCAUCGCCGCAUCGCUUUCUUUGCGAAAUUCUCGAAAACGAAGGUUUCCAUGUGCAGUGGAGUCACGCUGAACCAGCCGCGUUCCGUGCUGAAUACGCUUCAUCCAACGGAGAUGAAGGACCAGUCGUUGCAGUAAUUUGUGAAUACGACUCGGAGGCAUCCACAAGACACCAGUACUGCUACGACCUCAUUGCUGUUGGUGGUCUAGGAACGGCGUUGGCUGUCAAGGACGCAAUGGUGGAGAACAAGGAGAUCGCUGGAAGAGUAGCCGUCAUUGGGUGUGCCGAAGACGGACAUGGAGGAGCGAAAGUGAAGCUUCUGACAACGGGCGCCUUCGUUGACAUCGACGUCUUGGCCAUGAUCCACCCCACCAGAGAAGGCGCCCUCUUCGCAACCACUCUAUGUAGCGCGACUGUCGAUGUAACCGUGCUAGGACGAAGGCGUUGUGAUACGGACCUCUACUACGACAUGUCUGCAAGUACAAUGGACGCCGUGGUUGCCAUCUACAACAAUUUGUCGCUACUGCGUUCGCACUUCGAUCCUGCUUGGAAGCUGAGCGCCAUCAUAAACAAAUGCGGCACACCGGGAGUGAUUCCGGAAGAAAUGGCAAUGCGGGUGCUCUACAGAGCCCACAAAGGAAGACACAUGCCCUUAUUAUGCGAGCGCAUAGUCCACUGCGUUCACAUGGCUGCUUCUUCGCUUGGCUGUUCGGUGGAAACGGACACGUCCAUUCCCUACUACGACAUGUGGAACAACCACGCCCUCUGUAGGCGCUUCCUGGCUUACACAGAGCGCCCUGAAGAGCUCUUCACUAAGGAUCUAAGCAGGGAGUACGUCAUCGCUGGAUCUACAGACAUGGGCAAUGUGUCACAAGAAAUCCCCAGUAUCCAAAUAUUCUACAGCGUGCACGGUAGAGGCGAGGUCGCGGGGUCCUCUGUAGCCGACACUGUGCUGUCCACAGAUGGCGCAUACUACCGUACUCUCUCCUGUGCCCAAGCCCUAGCUCUCACGCUCUUGGACAUUUGCGUGGAUUCCGAAUUUUUGGAAGAAGUUCGUAGCGAGUUCCAAAACAAGCGUGGUCAGAGCCUGGCGUCGCAGACUUCGAGUCCCAUGUUGUGAAGCAAGCACUUGGGCGUUGGAUGAGCUCCGAGGAGGACCAGCUGCUACAACUACCAUUAUAUUUGUGGACUAUUAUUCUAAUAUAUGUAAAUUAAAACGUGGAUUUAUGUACUAAAAUGUACGCAAUGUA